GUCAAUACCAUUGGCCCGGUUCGCAUUUAACUUUCGAAAGUGGUGUGGUUACUUCGAGACUACAGAGGGCGGGAUGAUGCUUUUAAAUCACCUUAUCGUCGCUGACCGUUCAUUACCAGAGACCAGUUGGGCAUAAUUCUCGAACUGGUCUGAUUGUCUUUUUCUUGCCAGAAUGUCUGACCGAGCCGAUUCAUCGCGUCCGACCGACCCCAAUGGGCUCGUGUUAGAAGCGUGGGGGCAAGGACUGAUGGUCGGCUCGCUGGUCGUCAUGGCGGCGGUGACGGUGGCCAACAUGAAGAAAAACGUCCUCCUUCAUAAGCUGAUUUUCGUAGAGUUACUCCUGGCGAUGCCCCAUGGCACCUUCAUUUUUGCGCACUCUCCGGUCUACGAGUGGUAUCUCUCCUUUACGGUCAUUGGGUUGAUAGUUUCAUGGAGUCUGCACAAUGUAAUUGCGUGGAUGAAGAACAAGCCAUUUCUAUCUCGCCGGGUGUCCCUCUUCUACAUCUCGACUGUCAUCCUCGUGCAACCCUACUGGGUGGUGGAAAUCUACGCUAACUUUGCGUACUUCCAGAACGGCAACCCUAUCUACCAAACCACUAGGCCCAUGGAACCACUUUUUCGGGACCCCUGGUGGAUUUUCACCACGAUAUCUUUUGUCUGGACUAUCAAAUACGUGUACUCAUUUGGUAUUGUGGAGCUAGUGAUUGUCGCCCCACGGUUCGGGAUCCUAUUAGUGUCUAUGUGUCUCUCGAUUAUUUUUAUGAUCGUUGAAACUUGUAGUGUGCUACAUGCAUUUAAUACGGCCGACCUGCCAACCGGCAUACAGCCGUUCUGGAAACUGUCGUUCAUCUUCAAGUGCCUCUGCGACACGGUUAUUCUGGAUGACUUCAAGACCGCGCUGGAUCAGAUCCGGUCCCACCGAUUCCACAGAUCCAUUCCGACGGACGAAGACUCGCUGUGUCGACACAGAAGCCCCCGUCAGGUGGGUGUAGAGGCCGGGUUUGAACUAGGCCCGAGGCCCAAUGUGCCCACCAAGCAGGAGGAACCAUUGCCCAGUGUGGUGUUACGAGAAGAUGCUGGGACCCGUUAA